CAUAAAUUUUUAUAUAUUUGUUUGAACUGUCACAAUGUCAGAUAAUCAAUCUCCUCUGCCUGCAAGCUAACUACAAAACAACCAAUCAGAGCCAGGAGGCGGGUCUUAGAACGUCCCGCCCCCUCCCGCUUUCCCGUUGCUGCUGUGAAUGCUAGGGCUAGUUAGCAUUGUUACCUAUGUCAGCGUAUCAACAGCAUUCCGUAUUGACUUGUUUUUGGUACGCUAUAUCCUGCUUACUCGUCUUAUAAGGCUGUGAAGACAAAAGAUGUGAGAGAAUAUGUGAAAUGGAUGAUGUACUGGAUAAUAUUUGCCCUUUUUACCACAGUGGAGGUGUUUACAGAUAUGUUUCUUUGUUGGCUUCCUUUCUACUACGAGCUGAAGAUAGCCUUCGUUGUGUGGCUCCUGUCGCCGUACACCAAGGGCUCCAGUGUGCUGUACAGGAAGUUCGUCCAUCCCACGCUUUCCUCAAAAGAAAAGGACAUCGAUGAGUACAUCUGCCAAGCAAAAGACAAAAGCUACGACACACUGGUGCAUUUUGGGAGGAAAGGACUGAAUGUUGCAGCCACAGCUGCAGUUAUGGCUGCUGCAAAGGGUCAAGGCGUCCUGUCGGACAGAUUACGGAGUUUCAGCAUGCAGGAUCUCUCGUCCUACCAGUCUGACCCGAACCAGACGGGACACAGCGCCACCCAGCCCGCCGCAGCUCAGCACCGAACCAGACCCAUCAUCCGCAGCAAGUCAGAGAGCCACAAGGAUUUUGACAUGAAUGAGUAUGAGGUUCUGGGCUUGGAGCAGUUGGACUCCGCAGAGUUUCUGGCUCUGCCCCAGUCCGACCCGCUCUCUGCUCCCGAUCCCGCUCCGCCCACCAGUCCUGCAGCUCAGGAGCAGACUGAGGAAGGGCCGGGGAAGGAGGUGCGGGCCACGUCGAGCUCCCCGCAGCUCAGGAUGAGCAAGAGGAGAGCUCCGGAGGUACGCAGCCUGCCUCCUCUUAGAGUCCUGAGGCCUCUCACAAGAUCCAGGAGUGCUCUUUCUUCAAACAACGAAGCCAUGUGAAGCCCAUUCCUCCAGCUGCCUUCGCUGCAACGAGUAAAAAUACCGAAUGGCCAGAAGCUCCACGACUGAGGCAGCCCUGCUUUGGAACGCCGUUUUACCAAAGUGACCUACGAAGACCCCUAAUUCACAGCAUAAAUAUAUAAAUAUAUCUAUACAAACCCCAGUGGCUCAUGAUGUUAAGAGGAACGAGGUUUGGUCGCUCCAUGCUGACAGACACUUUGCAUUUAAAUAUGUAUUUAUGUACAGUUUGCAUACUUUAUCUCAUGCUUUUGGUUGUUUUUAUAUAUCAGAGGUGGUUGCAUGUGUGUUCCUCGUCAUUGGUCUUAGUGUUUUCGAAUGUACUUUAGAGGAAAUCAUCACCAUGGAGAAGGAACGAGACUCAAACCGAGGACUCAAACAAAACACUGCUUUUGUUUUGUUUUAUUUAUUGUGAUUCACAAAAUGAUCCAUGCUUUCAUCGUUCACUUAUCAGACGUUUACCUCUCUCUAUCUCUUUCUCUCUCUGUGGGCCUUAAAGAAACAGAAACCCAAAAUUAUUUGCACUAUCUCAAUAAUAUACAUCACUGCCCUCAGACAAAGUUGUGGCUCAGUUUUCUUAUCAGCUAUUAUUUCUAAGAGUUUGAUUUCUUCCAUAUGUGUUUCACUACAAUCACUUUGGUUUCUAAAGACUGAAUAUUUCUAAAAAGAUUUAGAAAUUUAAAGGUGACUUAUUAUGGAAGAUUCACAUUUUGCACGUUUUUAUACUUCCAUUUCUGUCUCUACUGCUUCUAAAAAGAAAAUUAAAAAAACACUCCGCCAUUUUUUGGCAAUAACUUAAUAUUUUUUGGUGUCUGGAAAAGGAGCUGUUUCAAAAACCUAGCGCCGCGCUGUUACCUAGCAACCCCAGCCAAGCCGGCCCCGUUACCUAGCAACCCCAGCCAAGCCCAGCCCCGUUACCUAGCAACCCCAGCCAAGCCCAGCCCUGUCACCUGGCAACCCCAGCAGAACUCUAGGCUAGAAUCUCACAUCUUCAGACUGAUUACAUGUUUUAUGAACAUGAUACAUCAUAUUUUAUGUAUCCUAACCUGUUCAAGGAAGCAUAAUAGGUUACCUUUAAGGCUGAAAAAGUGCUAAAUGACAUGAAUUUUUAUGUUUGAAAUCACUUAUUGCUGUUGACUGAGCAGCUCUGCACACUCUGGUUGUUGCUCCUGGUGACCUGAGCCGCUAUUUUUUUAUUUUAUUUUUUUGUAGUUUAUUCACUGAGCCUGAACCUGAUUUUCACUGUGUUGGUGUGCAGUAAUCUUACAUGGUUGCAUCUGUAUCUUUUACCAUGGUAAAAGUAGAAAAAAAAGAAAAAAAAACAGAAGCUUCUCAGGUACAACUGUUCUGUUUACAUCAUUCACUCUGAUAUUGUAGAUAUACUUAUUAUGCACAUUAAACUGUUCUUUCAGUGGAUUAAAUUGUGGAAAAGAAGCAGGAUGUUUCUAAUCAUGUGUCAGUGCAGUCAGUGUUAGUGUUGGAGGUGCUUUCCAUACAUUAAAUUUAACUCUCAAUCUUUCUGCAUGAUAUUAAUUUUUAUAAAUGAUUUUAUGUGAAGCCACUCUGGUUUAGUUUCUCUGUAGACUCAUAACAUAUAACCUGUUUGGUUAUACUACAGAAAAAUAUGCUUCCUCAGACAUUUAGAGUCAUGUGAAAAAAUUAGGACACCCCAAAAAAUUAUUUCCUUGCUCUAAAAAACGAGGGGGGGGGGGGGAAACCCCCAGUUGCACAAUGAGAUCCAUAUCUGGGCCAAGUCGACUCAUUACAUUUAAUUUCUCUGUUUUCAGCUAGUUUCUUGUGAAUUUCCCGGCAUGUUUUGGGCCAUUUUCAAGUUUAAAUUGGUCCUACUUUAAAGUUGUCGUGGUCAAUCGAAUUAUACGGUGGCCCUGAGGUGCAAAACACUACAACAUUAACAAAAACACUACAACAUUAACAGCCAACAAAUUUGCAUCUACCCGAUAGCCACAAAGAGCUAGCUCCUUAGCUAGCGAAGAUAUGCUAGCAGUGAGAUGUUGCUAGCUUCAACCGUUACAUAACGCGGUGAAGACGAUCCAGAGAGUAAACAAAGAAAUAUUGCUGUAGAUUCUGAGAGGUUUUUGAAGACUUAUUUUAGUAUCAUGAAAAAAAGUCCGAUUGGACUUUGUUAGUGUUGUACUUUGGCCAGAACACCCAGAACAGGGCGGCGCUGGUCAUCCUUUACGGAGGUACAGAAACAAAGAUGGCGGCCAAAGAAAAAUGGUCCUAACAGAGACUGCUGGGGGAUAAAGAAAGUAUUUUAUGCGGCUGUUUUAAAAUAUAAACAACCAACGAUCUCCCGAAGUUUAACACGAACAUUGCUUAUUCAGCAAUGAUGGACAGCAUAAUAAUAAUAACAAAUUGCCUUUUAUAUUUUUGGCCACCAUCCUCUUGAUAAAAGAGAAAACUCAGGUCUUAUGAAUUAAUCAUUAAUAGAUUAAUAGGAUCAAUCAUUCACAUAAGACCUCUUCCCUAUCAAACCUACCAGCGCUUUCAUUUAUUUUUUUAUUUGUCUAUAUUGAUAAACCUGAUUAAACCUGACAUUUCUAAAUGUCCAAACAUUUAAUUUUAGCAAACAGGUUUUAGCAGGGUGUCCUAAUUUAUUCACGACUGUAAAUCCAAUUCAGUCAAUUUUUCUGGCAGGCCAGAAUGAAACAUUUCUUUAGUAACUAAUUGAUGUCAACAAAAAAAUAAAAAGCAAAGAUGUGAUUACAUAA